UCUAGUUUCAUAUUCAAUCGGUGAUUAGUUGGUAAUCAGACACUCCAGCAACGUAGCACCUUGUGAGAUCGCAGCUAUUAAAAUGAAAUUAUUUUUAUAUUUACUUUCUGUAGUUUUUCUCAUUAAUGCAGUUUUGGGUUUAAAAAAUGCAGCCAUUUGCGGUUUGCAACACUCGAAGAAUGGAGACGGUAAGAUCGCCUGUUUAGGUUAUAGACAGUCCUGGUCUUAUAAUUCUGCCGCAAACGAAUGCGUGCAAUUCAUAUAUGGCGGUUGCCAGGGCAACGAUAAUCGUUUCGAUUCCAAAGAAGCGUGUGAAGAUACCUGUAAGGAAUAACUUGAACCCAAAAACUAGCAUUUCAUAAGGAUAUGGAACAGCGAAUGUCUAUCAAAACUAUAUAAAUAAAACAAACGUUUUAACAAUUGAA